AUGGAAUCAACAGCUAGCAGUAACGACAAUGUCCUAACAUGUUUUGCUCCGUUUCCAAAGGAACUCGAAAAUGGCGAAGCAUCAAGUGGGAAUAUCUUUGGAAAUUUAUUCUCGAAGAUUUUCUCAUCUGCAAAAGAUCAGAAAAACACAAAAGAUGAAGAAGCUUCAAGUGAUGAGCAACAACAGUGCACUAGUGAAAUACUGUCGAAUGAAGAGAACGCAGAUGAUUCCGCUUCAUUAACUGACACCAAUCGCGAAGAUAAAAAUGAAGAUGGUAGUUCGGGAAGAAGCAGUAGAGCUGGAGGUACUGAAGGUACACGUAAGCUUUCAAUUCGAGUAUCAUCUUUGUUUCGUUCCAGAAGGGCAUCGCUCAUCGAUUACAACAGGUAA